AUUACAGAGCUAUAAGGUCGCUUCCGUUUACGAGGAGAGAUAAAUAGCCCACGAUGGUGUCCUUCCUUGCGGUUUUACCGACCCGCCAAGUCGUGUAGACUCCUUACACCUACGACAAGCAGCACAACCUCCAACCAAGGAGAUAAUUUAUUCGUAGGAAACAUGGCAACCGAGAAAGAAGAUGCGUAUGCUACAGAAAAGCAUCAUGAGCAGACCCAGGACAAGGAAUUGCUGCGUGACGAGACGCUCGUCUCGGAUGCCAAGAACGCAGCCGAUGCCGAGCAGGAAAUGUCACUCCUACAGGCCAUCAAGCUCUACCCCAAGGCGAUCGGCUGGUCUGUUUUGCUUUCGUCCACACUCAUCAUGGAAGGCUACGACUUGGUACUACUAGGUGGUCUCUACGCGUCGCCCGAAUUUAACAAGAAGUUCGGUACUUACGAUGCGAAGAAAAACAAAUGGGCUGUGUCCGCAGCGUGGCAAUCGGGACUAUCCAACGGUGCACGAGCCGGCGAGAUCCUCGGCCUUAUCCUUGCUGGCUGGGUCUCAGACCGUUACGGAUACAGGAUGACAACGAUUGGGUUUUUAGUACUGAUGAUCAUGUUCAUAUUCGUACUGUUCUUCGCUCUUAAUGUACAAGUCCUCGUUGUCGGCGAAGUCCUAUGCGGAAUUCCGUGGGGUGCUUUUCAGUCCGUUACUCCGGCAUACGCGUCUGAAGUCGCUCCCGUUGUUCUUAGACCGUACUUGACGACUUUUAUUAACAUGUGCUGGGUCAUCGGUCAGUUCUUUGCGGCGGCCGUGAAUAAGGCGUCUGUUAAUCGUCCCGACGAAUGGGCAUACAAGAUUCCCUUUGGAGUCCAAUGGGUUUUGCCUGUCCCAAUUCUUGCCGGCUUAAUAUUCGCGCCCGAAUCGCCGUGGUGGUACAUUCGACAUGGUAACCGGGAGGCGGCUAGGGAGUCUCUUUUAAGAUUGACAUCGCGAGACGACCCGACUUUUAACGUGGACGAGACUAUCGCUAUGGUCGAAUACACCAACGAGCUCGAAAAACGGACGACUCAAGGCCUCACGUAUCGAGAUUGUUUCAAGGGUGUCGACCUGCGAAGGACUGAAAUCGUCGUCGGAAUCUGGCUCGUGCAGACGCUCGGGGGUCAGAACCUGAUGGGAUAUUUUUCGUAUUUCUUGACCCAAGCAGGAUUGGACGCUUCAAACUCCUUCUCCCUCUCCAUGGGACAAUACGCACUGGGCAUGGUUGGCACAGCCGGCUCCUGGUUUCUUAUGUCUCGCGUGGGUCGGCGGACCAUCCACUUCAGCGGGCUUUGUAGUCAGCUAAUUAUCCUGAUUAUCGUCGGUUCCCUCGCGUUUGUCAAAACUAAUGGCUCCGUGUGGGCGAUUGGCGGUAUGCUCAUCAUGUUCACGUUCGUUUAUGACUUUACGGUCGGGCCGGUUACGUAUUCCUUGAUCUCGGAGUUAUCCUCAACGCGGUUGAAGGCUAAAACGAUCGUCCUCGCCCGUGCCGGCUACAACGCAAGCAACAUCUUCGUAAAUGUCAUGACCAAUUAUCAACUCUCAUCCUCGGCCUGGAACUGGGGUGCCAAAACGGCAUAUUUCUGGGCGGGAACUUGUUUGUUGUCCUCUAUUUGGGUAUUUUUCCGAUUACCUGAACCAAAAGGACGAACAUAUGCCGACUUAAAUCUGCUCUUCGAACAUAAGGUUCCGGCGCGUCACUUUUCUCGGACGAAGAUAGAUCCGUUCUCGCAGCGGGUUGGCGACGCGAUUGAAAGAGUGUCGAGAGAUGGAAAGGCGGAAAAGGGGUUAGACCAAGCUUAACUCCCGUUAAGAUGUCUGAUUGGAUGAAUACUCAUCGCAUUAUAUUUGAUUUAUCACGAGAGAUUUUAUGAUGCUUUUGAACCU